AUGUCCUUCUCAACAGCGUAUGCGCCAAAGAAUCAGCAUUCUAUCCCUCAGGAUGACAAUGAUCUGUCCACUCACGCCAACUACCGCGACAUCAGGACCACUCACGUUGAUCUCGAUUGGACCAUCGAUUGGAAGUCUCAACUGAUUCACGGAUCAUGUACACUCGAGCUGGAAGUGACGGCCAAGGAUGGCGUGGAACACAUCUCGUUGGAUGAGAGUUAUCUCGAUAUCAGUGCUGUGGAAGUCGAUGGACAGGACUCCAAAUUCACCCUGAGCGAUAGGCAUGGCGUCUGUGGGCGGGAACUUCGUAUUGAGUUGGCGAACAUGGCCAAGGCGGGCGAUCAAGUCAAAGUCAAAAUUCAGUACUCCACAACCAAAGACUGCACUACAUUGGGCUGGCUGAACCCCGUCCAGACGAAGUCCGGUGACUGGCCCUUCCUCUACUCUCAGAGUCAGGCGAUCCACGCUCGAUCCCUCCUACCAUGUCAAGACACUCCCGCCGUCAAAGCUACUUAUGCAGCCAAGGUCAAAUCAACCUUACCCGCCUUGAUGUCGGGUAUCAGGGUGUCCCCUCCUUCUGAAGCCAAAUUGGAGCUCGGUAAGGAGAUUGAGUAUGUCUACAAGCAGCCCGUCGCCAUCCCCUCGUACCUCAUCGCCAUCGCCUCCGGAGAAUUGGCCUACCGCGAGUGUCCGAAGCAAGAAGGCAAGAACUGGAAGACUGGUAUCUGGACCGAGCCACUCAUGCUCGAUGCAGCGUACGAGGAAUUCAAUGCCGACACUCCCAAAUUCGUGGCUGCCGCCGAGAAAUUUGCCUCGCCAUACGAGUUCGGCGUGUACGACGUCUUGUUCCUUCCCAACUCUUUCCCUUAUGGAGGCAUGGAGAACUCGUGCUUGACCUUUGCGACUCCAACUGUGCUUGCCGGAGACAAGAGCGCUGUCGAUCUUGUCGCUCAUGAGAUCAGUCAUUCGUGGUUCGGAAAUGGUAUUGGAUGUGCUUCUUGGUCUCAUUUCUGGCUCAACGAGGGCUGGACCACCUAUCUUGAGCGUUUGCUCGUCGGAGACAGAGAAGGAGAAGCUGCUCGACGCACGGAUCUCAAAGAUGGUCUUGCUUUGCUGCAAAGCGAGCCUAGAUUCCAGAGAUUGGUGCCCAGCUUGCAACAAUUUGAGGACCCCGAUGAUGCGUUCAGCAAAGUCCCCUACGAGAAGGGAUCAAACUUCUUGCUGCACCUCGAACGGACUGUUGGAGGUCUGGACAUCUUCCUGCCUUACCUGAGAGACUACUUCAAGACGUUCAACCACACAUCCAUCACGACUGAUCAGUGGAAAGAGCACCUGUUCGACUAUUUUGGCAAACAAGAGAACGGCUCAGAGUUCCAGCGUAAGCUUGGUCAGGUCGAUUUCGACGAGUGGAUCUAUGGCUCUGGACUCGAUCUAUGUGUCGACUUGCAGUAUGACCAGUCGCUUGCUGAGUCUUGUGAGGCUCUCUCUCAGAAGUGGGAUGCGGCGAGAGAAGUCAAGGAGACUUCGUUCACCUCGCACGAUGUCGAGUCGUUCUCCACGCAACAAAAAGUCGUCUUCCUUGACAAACUUGAUGCCCAGCCCGUCUUCCCCGCCUCUCUCAUCUCAUUGCUCGACAACACUUACGGCUUUGGCAAGAAUGACAAUGCGGAAGUCAGACUGCGCUUUUAUCAGAUUGCCCUGAAGUCUGGGCCAGAGUACGCCGAAGACGCUGCGAAAUGGGUAGUGGACAAGGGCCGAAUGAAAUUCUGUCGACCCAUCUUCCGGCUGCUCAAACAGCAGACGCCAGAGCUGGCGCAAAAGACAUUCAUGGAGCACAAGGACUUUUACCACCCUAUUGCUCGAAAAAUGAUUGCCAAGGAUCUCGGAGUCGACCUCUGA